CCUGCAACAAUGUUACACAAGCAAACCCUAUAAUAUGCGGCACAGUAUAAGGAAAUCGGAAGCUGAGGAUGUUGCUGCAGAGAGGAGAAAACAGGCUGUAGUUGAACAAGUGAUGGUGGAUCAAUUAUCUAGAGCUGUUAUAAGUGACCCGGAGCAAUCCACGCGCACUGAUGUUUACGAGGAAGCUCAUGGACUUCCGGGACUUGGGACAGCACCGGUGCGUUUUAGAAGAAGAACACUGCAUGAAACGAAAGUAAGGACCAAAUCAGGAUUAACUGAAAACAUGCUCUCUAACAAGCUACGCUUUGAUAGUAGGAUUAUAUCGAGAAAUGGUCGCGAUGCUUGUAGAGAGUUGAUUGGAUUUUUUUUUGCAUGUGACAGAUCCCUUACUGUGUAUGAAUUUCGACAGUUUGGAAAAAAUAGAACAAAUGCCUUGCCUUUCAUUCAGAAGGGAGUGUAUCAACAUCAACGUGGACAAAAGAAGGGAAAAGCUUAUGAUCUUAGUGACUUCUAUAUUGGAGCUAACCUAACUUUCCGAAGUGUUGAUCAUAACCUUCCAGAAAGCGUUAAGCAGAGCUCGGUUCUCACCCUUCGUGUGAUAAGUAUUGAUGAAGCAGCUAUGGAUUUUCUAAAAGCUUCUUCUAUGGAAUUCAAGCAAGAGUGUUCCAACCAAGUGGUUGAUGACAGCAAAGUUUUCAAGAAGAUUCAAGGUAUGCUCAGAGAGACACUAAGUAAAAGAGGAGUUCGGGUUAUAACAGGCUUAGGAAAGUAUUUCCGACGCGUAGACAAGAACAGAAAUGGUUUUCUCUCUCAGGCAGACUUUAAAGAAGCUCUAAAAGUAUUCAAUUUGGGAAUACCUGAAGGGGAUUUUGAAUCUUUAUGGCUUAUUCUUGAUGAUAGCAAGAGUGAUAAGGUUGACUAUGGAGAAUUUACUCGUGCUGUAUUUGGAGAAAUGAAUGAAUAUCGGAAAGCAUUUGUAAGAAAAGCCUAUAUGAAACUAGAUUUCAACAAAACUGGGAGUGUGCCUAUGGUAGAUAUCAGAAAAUGUUACUGCGCGAAGAAACAUCCUCUAGUAUUGGCAGGCAAAGCUACAGAAGAAGAAAUUAAAUCGUCAUUUCUAGAAACAUUACGAGAGUCCUGCAGCAACCCCAAUGAAGUGUCCUAUUCUGAGUUCGAAGACUACUAUGAAGGAUUAAGUAUUGGAAUCAUGGAUGAUGAUGAUUUUGUUAAUAUCUUAAGGAACCCUUGGGGAGUUUAGAGUGGAGGAUGACAAAAAUGAAGAGGAGACAUUUUCUAAACAAGGAGUGAGCUAAAUAAGGGAGGAUUUAGCCUUGAUGU